AUGGUAAGUCUUGUCCCAGCAAAGAAGCUGUUUCGAUUACUGGAUGAAUCUUCUGGUACUGAUACAGAUUUUGAACAUCUAUCCAAGUUGGAAUUACAAGAAGCUGAAUUAGACUCUUCAAACUCUUUCUCAGGCCCUAUAUCCAGCCAGACAAUGCUUUCUGGAAGAGAACAAGGAGAAACUUCUGAGUCUCAAACUACAGGAACAACUGCGAAACAGAAAGCAUCAAACACUUCAGAGAUUGCUGAAUCAGGGAAGCCUGCUGAAGAAAUGCAACAAGAAAAUGGAAAAAACAGAGAAAAUGGGAUCUUGGAAAUUGAAUGCAGGGGCUUGGAUCAGGUCGAUUCAUUGGGACUGACACGGAUAAAUAACAGAGCAAGGUGCCUUAUAAAUUGGCUGGUAAAUGCUUUGUUCAAACUCAAGCAUCCAAACACAGAGGAAAUUCCCCUUGUUAGAAUAUAUGGUCCACGGGUAAAGUUUGAUAGAGGACCUGCAUUAGCCUUCAAUUUGUUUGACUGGAAAGGAGAAAAGGUUGAGGCUCCUCUUGUACAAAAACUAGCUGAUCGAAGCAAUAUAUCUCUUAGCUACGGCUUCUUACAUCAUAUUUCAUUCUCAGACAAGUAUGAAGAAGAAAAGGCAACUGUUCUAGAGAAGAGGGUAAAUGGGGCAAAGGGAGUUGUAACAAACAAGAGGAAAGAGAAAACUGAUCUUGGAAUAAGAGUUGUUACAGUUGCACUUGGGGUCCUGGCCAAUUUUGAGGACACUUACAGGUUUUGGGCUUUCAUAGCUCAAUUCCUGGAUGCCGACUUUGUGGAGAAAGCAAAGUGGAGAUAUACAGCUCUAAACCAGAAAACCGUUGAAAACCAAAAAACAAGGUACCCAAUUGUAAGUGAUGAGUUAGAGCAAAUAUAUUACCAUCCACAGCCAUUCACUCAGAUAAUGUCCGCUAAACGUCACAUCAUUCCUUCUAGUUCAGCAUCACUCUAG